AUGUCUACCGGUGACCACACUGCCCAUCCACACGGCUCGCAGUACCGCGACAACAAUGACGAUGAACUUCGAUUUCGGCGACCGCAACGAAAUGGCCUCGUGAAAGACAGCCUCUAUCAGUCGCGGAUUCCUACGUUAAGUCCUGGGAAUGAUGGACAAUCUCGCGUCGCGUUUAGCAAUACCAGGACGCUGAAAGGCGCAUUCCAAGCUGCUGCAGCUGGCUCACCACUACCAGCAAGCCCCGGGAGGGAACAGAAAACACCUCCAGGACGAGCGAUGGCGCGGGAAAGGAAGUUCUCUGAGCCAUCACCCAUGUCAGAAGUAUCAAGUCCCCCGUAUGGACUGAGCGAAACCUAUCAGCACAUCAACGACGCGGAUGACUUGGUUGAUUCUGUUGCUCAGGAUGACUAUAACAUUCCCUACGUUCAACCCGGACGCGAGCGGACGCAAAGUGCCUCUCCGAGCCCUGGCGCCCGUCGAUAUGAAGAGGAAUAUGCUGGUGCUGGGGACCUCAAUGACUCCAGCCUUAGUUUUAGCGAUAUUUCAGAUGACUCGUUACGACAAAAACUCGCCCAGCAUGCCAUGGAUGAGGGCAGGCUGAACCGCGUUACACACAGUCAAUCUCCGGUUUUUAGCAAAGCAAAUGUUGGCCCAAAGGCUGCUCUGUCUCUUGAAAAUAUACAACGUCGAAAUGAAGAGGAACUGUUUCGCUACGAUGUCGAGCCUUCAUUUAAUGUUCCAAAAACUUGGGGGUUACGUGGGCGAGUGUCGAAGGAUUGGCUGAGCAAAGUCAGUCGACAAAAUGGGAACAACAAUCAUGUUCAAGAGGAGUUAGUGCAGCCGGUCGACCAAAGGUUAGAAAACGACAUCGAUUUUACAGCCCGAUCGUUACAGGUUUCAAACAGCCCACCUGUACGAAAUAAUGCUCCCGCAAGGAGUGAAAUUGAAGAUCUUGAGAAGAAGAAACGCCCAGCGACAAAUAGCCUAGGAGAAAUCAAAAGUAGGGAGUCACAGGAACAUAUCCGACCGCCAAUAGAAGGCGAUCCUAUACCUAAUACGCCUAUCGUUAUAUAUCGUAAUGCGGAGAGAGAAAAGAGGCCAAGACAUCUAAGCAAAAACGACCCCCAGGAACUUUUACGGACACUUUCGAGAAGAGAAAGUCCAAGUGUGGCCAGUACGCCAGAGCAGAACCAAGUGGACAACACAUUACUUAACGUUAAAACGCCAGUGGUCACUGGCGCAUGGAUAGAUACACCGGUUCCUGAUCGUGCUGCUGAACCUGUUGCAGCGCCCCAGGAGGACUCUACCGUGGAUAUCGAUUCGCCGAGUAUGAAAGCUCGAAAUCAAACCCAAAAUGAAGUUCAUAAUCCAACUCAAAACCAACGUCAAAAUCCAUACAAAAUCCGACACCAAGUGGACGUAGAAAAGACCCCGCAAGAUUCAAAAGAACCACAGGAACUACAGAAAGAACCGAGACCAAAGCCAAAGCCAAGGCGGGCUCCAUUAAAACUACUGGAGAAACCCAAAUUACCGCGAAGCGCAUUGGAAGCAGUAAUUGAGGACGCAAAAUCCGGAGAUCAUAGUUUAGUGCUUGGAGAGAAUACCAUUGACUCCUUACAGGAACUUCUGGACGAGAACUCAGCCCUGGAUUCCAAAGUUUUUAUCAAGUCUGAAAAUGAUGAGGAAGAAGAUAAGAUCAAAAUCGAAACCCUCUGCCAAGCAGACGAUUCCGUUAUUGAACGGCUAGAUACGAAACUUAAGUCUCUUGUUCGGAGUAUCAAUGCUACCCAGUCAGGGCUCGCAAGCCUCGAGCGCCAGAUCGCGAAGGACUCCAAUAUCUUAGCAUUGCGAAACACCAAACAAACCAACAAAAUUGUUCACCACAGCCACACGGACUCUCCCUGUGAUGGUCGGAAUCACGUCGCAAUUUCAUUACCGCGACUUUGGUAUCGUCAACCAGAUACCCAUCGGCUCCGCCUCACCCGCCUGAGCUGGUUUGUCAUUGUAAUUUUCACUUGGUGCAUUUCAGAACUUGUCAUGUGUGACUAUUACUGCCAUCCAAUGUAUGCCUCGACAUGCGAGCGGAAUUGCCUAGAUCCCAAUGCGCCGCGGAUGCCGCUGGUAAUACCCACAAUGCUCUGGCGUUGGUCGGGCCUCUCGGUCAUCUUGAAGCCUGUGGGGAAAGUAUUGGUUGCCGGAUUCCGAGUUAUAGCCCAGCUACUCGGUAUUUGGGGCGGAUUUUUCGACGGCCCGCCUGAUGGAGAGUGGCCUGUGUGGGAUUAUUACCAGGAGACUCCCGCCUAUCAGCCCAGUUUUGAGCAGUUUGAACCUAGCGCGGAUAUGGGUAUGAUGCAGGAUGAAUAUGUAUAG